AUGUAUGUGGGAUACCUACUGGAUAAAGAAAGCGGCAUGUAUCACCAAGGUCCAGUAAGAAGAUCAAGCAUCAAUCUGCCUCCACAGAACUUUGUUUCUACGCCUCAGUACCCCGACUUUACUGGAUACCAUCAUGUGCCGAACAUGGAUACGCACGCACACACGCAGUCUGCGGGAAGUUGGGGACCUACAUAUGGCGCUCCACGGGAGGACUGGGGUGCAUAUAGUCUGGGACCACCUAAUACUAUUCCCACACCCAUGAAUAACUCAUCUCCUGGACAGGUUCCUUACUGCUCAUCUGAGUACAGUCAUAUGCAUCCUCCAGGAUCUGCGGUGUUACAGCCGCCACCGGAGAACGUUACUGUUGCACAACUUUCUCCUGACAGAGAAAGACGCAAUUCAUUCCAGUGGAUGAGUAAAACCGCGCAGUCGUCCUCCACAGGUAAGACACGGACGAAGGAGAAAUACAGGGUAGUGUACACAGACCAUCAGAGACUGGAGCUGGAGAAGGAGUUUCAUUUCAACAGAUACAUCACAAUCAGGAGGAAAUCUGAACUGGCUGUCAACCUCGGUCUGUCGGAAAGACAGGUGAAAAUCUGGUUUCAGAACCGCAGAGCCAAAGAGAGGAAGCUCAUCAAGAAGAAGAUGGGUCAGUCUGACGGCAGCGGGGGUUCUGUGCACAGUGACCCGGGUUCAGUGAGCCCUUUGCCGGUGCCGGUCCCUCAGCCCCACAGACAUCCACGGCUCUCUGUACCCUCCACAGGGAAUGAACACCUUGCCAUCUAUCAGGAAUAUACAACCAGUGACUGUGACUCAGUGAAAGAGUUUCACCCUCUGGACCAUCAUAACAUAACUGAGCACUCCGACACGCUGACAGGACACUUGAUAGGCAGCCAGAGGAUCAGCUCACGUCCUGAAGCACCAAGCUGUGGAUAAAGAUUUGAUUUACAGCAACGAAAUGCUGGAGGCUCUUGAAAUAUCGCUUUUUUUAAAUAGAAUAGUUCUAAUAAAAUGGGGGAUUU